UAUUUCACUAUUUCAUUCAUCGUCAUGGAUAUCGUACGGUAGCACAGAUCGUUCCUACACAACGUGACUUACUUUAAGAUUUAGGGAGUAGCCCCUUGUAGCUAGGCGAGGUUUCAGGGGAUCGUUUAGCGAUCAGCUACUAUCUUUAUCGCCGAAAGAAAGUUUUAUAUCAUCUUCUCUGAUCUCCCUUCACCUGAGUAAAACAAGUUUCACGUCUCACGAUGCCCGACAAAGAUGCGGGGACACCGAGGGUCCUUCUCGUCCGUCACGGGGAGACAGAGUGGACAAUCUCAGGUCGUUAUACGGGCAAGACUGACGUACCUUUAACCAGAGCCGGUGAAGAACAAGUCUCCUCAUCUGCUCAGGUGAUUGUGGGACCUAAAAAGGUCAUCGACCCGUCUAAAAUCACGCAUCUCUUUAUCAGUCCUCGCACUCGAGCUCUUCGAACCUACGAACUUCUCUUUGAUGCAUCUACUCGGAGGGAACUAGAAGACAAUGCAGAGAUUACUGAAGACAUCAGAGAAUGGGACUAUGGCCAGGCUUCGUCGAGAGUUGCUGGUCAGAGAAGUUAUGUGUCUCAGCUCCUCAUCAUCUACUUGGCUUCUAGGUCUUUGACGAAAAAUGUAUCCUAAUUUGCCAUAGGUAUGAGGGACUUUUGACAGCCCAGAUACGUGCAAAACGAAAGGAACAGGGCUUAGAUCAGGAGCAGCCAUGGAA